AGAACACGGAGAAUGGAGAAUAUCAUUAAGCGACAGCAGAGUUAAAAACAAUAAACAAGCCCUCACUAGACAAGAAAUUUUGGACACAAACACCAGUUAUUGGCCAAAGCCUGCGGGAGCAAUCACUGAAGAAAUCUAAUCUAAUCUAAUGGAGAAUUUCGAGACUGACCUUUUCAAUCACUAUAUUAAUGGAAAAGAAAUCCAUGUGAUAUGAUUUAGUUUGCAUGUAUACUGAUUAGUGCAGUUAAUUUAAAUAAUGCUUGAGAUAACUGCAUCGUGUCGUACUUGUAUGAAAAAUAAUAUUUCUUUAAUUAAUCUGUAUCAGCCCUUAGAACUUGAUGAAGACUAUUGCAAUAUUCCUUUAUCUGAAUUAUUGCUGGAUUGUUUAUCAAUACAAAUUACAGCUGAUGAUGGGCUACCACAAAAUAUUUGCAGAGAUUGUGCUAAAGCACUCUUAUUCAUAUACAAUUUCCGAAAACAAGCCCUUGAUGCUGAAGAAGGUUACAAAACAUUGGUGGCCAAUUUCAAUAAAGGGAAUGCUUAUGAUGAAAAUGUAGUAAAAACUGAAAUUAAAGAUGAAAUUGAUCAGGGCGAUACUAAUACAUGUGAUGAAGACUUUGUCACAGAUGAUGCUUUUACAAAAGUUGAGUCACCACAGACUACUGAGAAAGAGUUUGAAUGUCAUGUUUGCCACCUAAAAUAUACCAAUGAAAUUAAAUUCCAUAAGCAUCUGUCUAAACAUAAUAAUGUGUUAUCAUUAUUAUGUCCAUAUUGUGGUAAAUCUUUUCGGAAACAGAUAUAUUUAGAUAAACAUAUCUCUAAACAAUGUAACAAUUAUAAUAAGUGUAAUUUAUGUUGCCUGAAUUUUACUACAGAAACACUCCUUAUAGAACACAUGAAAAUCCAUUCUGAUGUUGAAAUUAAGACUGAAUUAGAAAAUGAAGUAGAAAAUGAGUUCAAAUGUACUGAAUGUAACUUGGUAUUCAGGAAAAGUAGAUCUUUGGCUAUGCAUAGGAAGAAACACAAAAGCAAAGAAAAUAAACAGACGUUUCAGUGUGAUAUUUGUAAGAAAGAAUAUAAAAUCAAAGCACUGCUAAAGAGGCACAUAAAUGUACACAGCUCCGAUAAAUAUUCAUGCCACAAGUGUCCUAAAAUAUUUUCACGGCAAGACCAAUUACGAGACCACUUGAAAAGGCAUGAUAUUGUCAAGGGCAAUGUGUGUACUUAUUGCAAUAAAGCUUUCAGCCAACUAUGUAGUUUAAAGGACCACUUGAGAACGCAUACUGGUGAGACACCAUACCUUUGCUCAGAGUGUGGUAAGGGGUUCAACAACAGCUCUAACUUACGCCAGCACAUGAUGCGCCACACUGGACUCAAGCCCUAUGCUUGCUCAGUUUGCCCUAAGACUUUCUGUACAAAAGGACAAAUGACAUGCCAUAUGACGACUCACACUGGCAUUCACCCAUACAAGUGUGAGGUUUGCGGUGCAGCAUUCACUAAACCAAGUUCUCUAAAGAAACACAGUAUGAUCCACUCCGGCGUUAGGCCUUUCGCCUGUGAAACAUGCAAUAUGCGGUUUACUUGCAAGGAUCACUUGACCCGGCACUCUCGUAUUCACACCGGGGAGAAGCCAUACAAGUGCAAGUUCUGCGAUCGAACCUUCACUCAGAGCAACGACCUAGUGAAGCACACCAGGCAACACGUCGGGCAGAACAUAUACCAGUGUACACUUUGCUACUUGAGAUUCCGACUUAAGAGUGAGUUAAAGCAGCACUAUCCGGUCCAUUAUGUGAACGGGGAAGAGCCUCCGGUUAUCCCCAUAGACAAGGAACACACCGCUCCAGUGCUAAUGUUGAAGCCCGAAGAAACUGGUAACGACAAGUCAUCCAUACUCAAUCCACCUCAAGAGAUUACCAGCAAAGAGUUCCCGAAAGAAAUUGAUAGAACUAUAACGAUAACCAUUAGUAGAAACGGGCUGGACAAAAAUGGUCUAGCCGGGGAUAUUACUAUAAACUACACCCCGGAGAAAAGUUAGUGAGUAUUUGAGAUUUAUCUAAAACAGUUGUAAUUUAAAAUUAUUUGCAUUUCAUUGGUUUUAUUAUUCCGCCUAGGCUACGUAUUGCAAAUAUCAAAAAGCCAUGUUGUUUAUAGGUAUUGAAGAACAAUCAAAAUAAUCGCCAUAGGCUGUUUUAUUUACUCCAUUGUCAUUCAUACAGAGCUGUCGAUGUAAAUGAUAAACUUAUCACUAUUUUAAAAUAAACAUGUUAAUGUUGACAAAGCUACUUAUAUAGUAAGAUCCCAGGGCCGCCAGACCUCGCUUAUUUUCUGGUAGACAAAAUAUGUAAAAUGUGGACUGUGCGGCAAUUCUCAAGU